AUGUCUGUUGUUGGAGAGGCUGUUCUUUCUGCUUCCCUUGAGGUCCUGUUUCACAAGUUGGCCUCCUCGGAUUUGCUGAAGUUUUCAUGCCGAGGGCAAGUCCAUGCUGCAAUCAGGAAGUGGGAGAAUAUGCUGUUGAAAAUACAUGCUGUGCUUGAUGAUGCCGAGGAGAAGCAAAUAGCUCAGCGUGCAGUGAAAAUCUGGCUUGGCGAGCUCAGAGACUUGGCCUAUGAUAUGGAGGACAUACUAGAUGAGUUAGCCACUGAAGCUUUGCGUCGCAAGUUGAUGGUUGAGUGUCAAGCUAGCAGCAGCAAGGUAAAUGUCCUUAUUCCCAACUGUUUUACCAGCCUUAGUCCCACUGCUGUUAAGUUCAAUGUUAGGGUGGAGGCUAAGAUAAAGCAGAUGACAUGCCGGUUACAGGAUAUCUGUAAACAAAGAAUUGAAUUAGGGUUGGAGAGUGUAAUGGGCGAGAAAUCUACCAAAAUAUGGCAAAGAUCACCCACCACAUCUUUGGUGAUUGAAUCCUGUGUUUAUGGGAGAGACAGAGAUAAAGAAAAGAUAGUUGAGCUGAUGCUUAUGGAUGAAGGAAGUGAUGCUGGAGUUGGGGUAAUUCCCAUUGUUGGUAUGGGUGGGGUGGGCAAGACAACACUGGCUCAGCUUGUAUAUGGUGACCAUGGGGUGAACCUGCAUUUUGAUAUUAAAGCAUGGGUCUAUGUAUCUACCCAAUUUGAUAUUAUGAGAAUAUCAAAAGCAAUUCUUGAGUCAAUCACUCUGCAGGCAUGUGAGUUUGAGGAUUUUGAUCAGAUUCAAGUCAAAUUGAAGGAUACAUUGGCUGGGAAAAGGUUUUUAGUUGUUUUGGAUGAUUUGUGGAAUAGGGAGUAUAACAGUUGGGACAUUUUGAAAAACCCUCUUAGAGUUGGUGCAAAAGGAAGUAAGAUUUUAGUAACAACGCGCAAUAGAGAUAUCGGUUUAAUGAUGGGUACUGUUGAGUAUCAUUAUUUAGAGCAGUUAUCAGAUGACGAUUGUUGGUCUGUGUUUGCACAGCAUGCAUUUGGGAAGAUAAAUGCUGAUGCACAUCCAAAUUUGGAAUUUACUGGUAAGAAAAUUGUUGAAAAGUGUGGAGGCUUGCCCUUGGCAGCAAAGACACUUGGUGGCCUUCUAUGCGGUAAAACGAAAGAAAGUGAAUGGGAAGAAACAUUGCACAGUAAAAUAUGGGAUUUAGCAGAAGAGCAAAGUGGGAUUAUACCCGCUCUAAGACUGAGCUAUUAUCACCUUCCUUCACACUUGAAGCGUUGCUUUAUGUAUUGUGCAAUUCUCCCAAAAGGCUACGAAUUUGAGGAGAAGGAACUAAUUUGGUUGUGGAUGGCAGAAGGUCUGAUUCAGCAACCAAAAGGAUGGAAGCGAAUGGAAGAUUUAGGUGAUGAAUAUUUCCAUGAAUUGUUGUCACGAUCAUUUUUUCAACCAGCCAACAAUGGACUACAAUUUGUGAUGCAUGAUCUCAUCAAUGAUUUGGCUCAAUCUGUUUCUGGAAAAAUAUGCUUUAAAUUGGAGGGUAAUAAGGCAUACAAGAUUUCUGAGAAGGCUCGUCAUUCAUCUUAUGUUCAAGGCAACCAUGAUGGCAAAAUAAAAUUUGCAGCAUUUAAUGAAGCAAAGUCUUUAAGGACCUUCCUACCUUUUAAUCUAUUAGACUACAAUUCUCACUUAACCAAUUAUGUUCCUCUUGAACUAUUGCCAAAGUUAAGGUACUUGCGUGUUCUAAGCUUGAGGAAUUAUCUCAUCAGUGAACUACCAGAAGCAAUUGGUAAUUUGAAGCAUCUAAGGUACCUAAACUUUUCUUACACUGAGAUUAGAAGCUUGCCUAAAUCAACAAGCACCCUGUACAAUCUGCAGACAUUGAUUUUGAAAGGAUGCUAUAUGCUUAAGACAUUGCCUACUGAGAUGAGGAAACUAAUUAACUUGGGCCACCUUGAUUUUACUGAUUCAGACUCUGUUGAAAACAUGCCAUUGCGAAUGGGUACACUAACAAGUCUCCAAACACUAUCAAAUUUUUUAGUAGGCAAAAGUGGUGGGUCAAGAAUAAGUGAGCUAAAGACUUUAUGGCAUCUCCAAGGCUCACUUUCAAUUUCUAGGUUGGAGAAUGUCACUAAUGCUCAGGAUGCAAGGGAGGCAAGUUUAAAUGAUAAACCUGGCUUAACUGUGUUGCAGAUGAAGUGGAGCAGCGAGUUCAACAACUUGCGGAACCAAAAGGUUGAAAUGGAAGUGCUUGACAUGCUACAGCCUCAUAAAAAUCUGACAGAGCUCAAUAUCAAGUAUUAUGCUGGAACAAGAUUUCCAGCUUGGAUAGGUGAUCCUCUUUAUUCAAAUAUGAUGGUCUUAAGAUUAGCACAUUGUGAGCAAUGUACUUCCUUGCCACCCCUUGGGCAAUUGCCCUGGCUUAAAGAACUCUGCAUAAAAGGGAUGAAGGGAGUGAAGUUUGUUGGUCUGGAAUUUUUUGGGGGUUACUGCUCAAAACCUUUUCCAUCACUAGAGAUUCUGAGUUUUGAGGAUAUGGAGGAAUGGGAGGACUGGUUUGUAGAUGAGGAAGUUGAAGUAUUCUCUUUCCUCUGUGAACUGUAUGUUAAAAGAUGUCCAAAACUUAUGAGACAGUUACCCAAAAAUCUCUCACACUUGGCAAAGCUCGUGAUUUGGGAGUGCAAGCAGUUGGUGGUAACACUUUCAAGCCUUCCAUCACUCAAAAGCUUAGAUAUUGUAGAAGUUGACCAAUUGAUAAUGAAGAAUACAAAAGAUCUCUGUUCACUUACCUCCUUUCGUGUUUGUGAAGUGGAUGUAUGUGAAGAUGAGGCAUUGAGGAAUGUGGCAUUUCAUCAGCUCAACAUAGUUACAUCCUGGGAUGUUUGCAGUUCUCCAAACCUCAGAUGCCUACCUAAAUGCUUCACAAACGGGCUAGGAAAACUUGAAGAAUUGGAGAUUGAUGGUUGUCAAGAGCUCAUGUCACUGUGGCAUUUAGAAGGGAGUCUACAGCACCAGCACCAGCAUUUCAAUUCGCUCCGACGUUUAAUGGUUAGUAGUUGUCCCCAACUUGCUUUCUUUGAAGGAGAAGGGAAAGAAGAAGAGAUGCAGCACGGGCUACCUUGUGGCCUUGAAUAUUUGAGAAUAUGCUGUUGUGAUAAACUAGAGAAGCUUCCACGGGGGUUGUACACACUCACAACACUUGCAGAGUUGUCGAUCCGAGGCUGCCCAAGUAUGACCUCUCUGCCUGAGACAGGCUUGCCAUCUGCACUACGAAGACUAGAGAUUCAAAAUUGCAGGGCUUUGAAUUCCCUAACCAAGGGAAUGACACACAGUACAAAUCUUGAAUAUGUGUCUAUAUCCAACUGUCCAUCUCUGAUGUCCUUAUCAUCCAAGGGCAUGCUUCCAUCCACACUGAAACGCUUGGAGAUUACUCAUUGUCAGAAGUUGGAGUCAAUAGCAGAGGUGGGGAUGGCUACCAAUUCAUCUCUUGAAUCUAUGGUGAUAUGGACUUGUGAGAAUCUCAAAUCCUUGCCUGAUGGCCUAAACAGGCUCAGGUACCUUCAUUGUUUGUCAAUAGGUCACUGUGGUAAUCUAUUGUCACUUCCCAAAGGAGGGUUGCCAGCAACCAACCUGAGAAAACUUGUUAUCUUCGGGUGUGAGAAGCUUGGUGUACAGCCCAACUGCAUGCGAAGCCUCACCUCUCUUCAACAACUGAGUAUAGGAAGAUGCCCUCGCUUCAUCUCCUUUUUGGAAGGAGGCUUCCCCACCAACCUGAGAUCUCUUCAUAUUGGUGAUACACAGAUUGUAAAGCCCCUGUCUGAGUGGGGAUUGCAUAGACUCACCUCCCUCACAACAGUGCAUAUUCAUGGCACAUCCCUAGAGCUGGUCUCCUUCCCAGAUGAUGAGAGCAAGGAAUGUAUGAUCCUGCCCAACUCCCUAACCCGUCUAGCCAUUCACAAUUUUCCUAAUCUAGAAAAGCUGUGUUCCAAAGGGUUUCAAAACCCUUCCUUUCUUGAACACCUAGAAAUCCACCACUGCCCUAAGUUGUCAUCUGUUCCAGAAGCAUUACUGCCUCCCUCACUUCUGUCCUUGAAUAUUCACAAUUCUCCAAUGCUAGCACGACAGUUUGCAAGGGGAAAAGGUCAAUAUUGGUCCAAAGUAGCUCAUGUUCCACACGUUGUAAUAAGUAAAAAGUUGUAUUAACUCAUCUCCCUAGUCCCUGCAGCACCACAACUAUUUUAUUCCUCGGUAUGAAUAUGAUAUCCAAAAAAGUCAGCUACUGUUCUUUUGCAGCACAAGUUUCAAAUUUGUUAU